AUGGAUACCAUCAUCAAUACGAAAUCACUAUGGAUGAAACCGGGCGCCGUUGAGAUGGUGUGCAUCGUCGGUAACGCCGCCAUUGCCGUGGGUCUCGGGAGUCACAUUCUGUUUGUGAAUUUGAAAACAUCGGCCGAAUCACACUACCUUGCCAACUCGGCGCAAGCGGGCAAUGGUGUGGCCUGCAUCGCGGGUCACAAACUGUUCCCCAUUCUGGCGUUCGCGGAAAGGUGUCUCAAUCCUCGAAUUGUACUGAUAUCCUAUCCAUCAUUUGCGGUGGUUUCGGUUCUGGAAGGAGAUCAAACCCAAUGUUCCUAUAUUGCGUUGUGCUUUUCGGAGAGUGAAUAUCUCGUUGCGCUAACCGGCGUACCGGACUACUCGAUAGAGGUGUACACUUGGCGCAGUAAGGAACUCCUGUGCAAAAAACCAUCGUCCAUCCUUUCCGACCAGCAACGGUUGAUCUGCAGUCCGUCGUCCACCUUUGCCGUGUGCCAGUACGCGGCACGCAGAACACAGAUGAAACUGUGGGAAGUUUAUGGAAACAUUCGCCUCAGUCGGCUGAUCGAACGAACCAUCCAGCUGGAGUUGGCCAACGAUGAGUUACCGUUCUGCGUCGUGUUUCUUAUCGAUGGCAAUCUUGCCGUGGUAAAUCAAAAGGCGAAAGUCUCGAUCGUUUCAUCGUCCACCGGGCAAAUAGUGCAAACGAUCAACGUCCAUGAUGCCGACCCGCCCGAGUCGGGCGACUAUAUUCCGUUCCUAUUCUACUGCAAAGGAGGUCUGUUCGUGAGUGCUCCGGAGGGGCAAGUUAAAUUCUACCGGAAGCAGAAGGGCACGUGGAACUUGCUGUGGACCACACAGUCGGACGCCCCGUACGAGCAACUGGUACAUUACUCAUCCAGCGAAGGUUUGCUGGGUGUUACGACCGAUGGAAUCAUUAUGCGCACCGUCCUGGACAAUGACGUCCGCAAUGUGGAGUUUCGCAUGCUGAAAGACUUGGACAUAGGCUACGGUUAUGGAGGGAUUUGUGGGCACCACAAACAGAUGGCAGGCAUUAAAAAGGACGGCACAAUUCGGCUUAUGAAGCUGGACAGUGGUGCUGCCGGAAGUACUACUCAUGUAUCCCUCUUGCAAUGCAUCGCCAGCCAUCCGCUUCUACCGGUGCUGGUGGUGGGCACGGCCAAUGGCACACUCAAGGUGAUCGUAGUUACUAAGGAACAGGUCAAGGAAGUGGCUAGUCUGUACCUCUCCCGGCAUUCCAUCGAACGGGUCAAGUUUGAUAUCGUUGAUGGCGAUUUCUGUGCGGCCCUGGACAAGGCACGGAAUCUUUCCAUACUGGCCAUCGGACCAUCUUUUGAAUUAAGCCUCGUCCAGGUGCUGAAAAAUCACCCCGCCGUAAACGAUCUCUUCUUCUGGUGCAGCGCUGAAGAAGUUUUGUUUGUCGAGCCGAUCCGGUGUGCGGAAGGAAUUGGCUACAAACAGAUUGAGUUCAUCGUCAAACAGCACACGGCGGAGGCGGCCACAGCCACCACACUGGCAGCUCCCCAUGAAUACACCCAGAUGCUACCGAGACGAUCGCAAGCGACACUGUUUCUGUACGCACACCGGAUAAGGUCGAAUGUGAUCGAUAUCCUAGAACUUAGGCGAUCGGGUGGGAUCUUGAGUGUUGUGAUUGAGAAGACCAUAACCACACCCCAGACUGCGUUGCACCUGGAGCUUGGUGUGGACGAGCGAUAUCUGUACGUUUGGUCGAUCGACGGCCAGCUCACACUUUACGAUGUCCAGGCAGACGAGAAACCGCUUUGCCGUUUGAAUUUCGACGGACGCUACAACGGUGGGAUUCAUCAGGUUUCACUGGACGCCAGAAAUGAACUUCUGAUUGUGCUAUGUCACAGCGGUUUGUUGAUGGUGCUGAAAUUGCUCCAAAACUUCCAAAGGAGUUCGGCCAGGGCGUCCUGCGAAACGGUUAUGGCUUUCGAUGCGAGACUGAGCGUGUUGGAGGGUGCAGAUAACACGCCCCUUGAAACGGGUCCCCAAAACGACAGCACUGUCCCGUGGAUCGAACGAAACGAGCUAGAGCGUGGCCAAGCGAAAGGUAAGGUGUUUGAGCCGGAGCACGCGGCAAUCUUUGCCGAGUUCAUGGACAUCAAACAACACCUGAAGCAGCUUGUGGAUCGCAACGAAAUCGUGCCGCCGGAAGAAAGAUUCCCGCUGCAGGAGUUCAACCUGAACACGGAGGCAACCGAAACGCUGACGCAAAAGGCAAAUGAAGAAAAGAAUGUGGAGAAAGUUCGAUUACAGCGCUUCAUAGCAUCGCAGGGUACAAUCAACGAGAAACUGAUCGAGAGUUGCUGGUCAACUAUGAGCAAAAAGCCUGUGAAGAUCAGAUCAAUGUUCAAGCGAUCGUUGGUGGAAAACUAUGCGAUGUUACCGAGCAGCGAUCUGAGACAGUACCUGGACAAGGUGCGUGUCUACCGCGACACCGAGUUGAUGGCAAGCCAUGACGCGCUGUUACCUUGGAAGCCCACGCCUACCUACCAGCUAGAAUCGAUCCUCAACCGUGAUCCCGACUACGGGAACGUGCUGGACAAUUUGGCGCGGGCAACCAUCAAGAAGUCGUACACUUUGUCCGGCACAACCACUCACCGAUUCUUCGAUCCGUACCACUUGCGCUACGAUCAGCUGGAAGUGGUAACCUUUGAGCAACUCUACUUCGAACUGAUUUGUGGUGAUAUGGAGAUCGAACAACUGCGCGUUUUGUUUAACAAGAAUUUCGAAAAAAUUAAGACACUGAAGGAAGAAGAAAUGGAGUUGGUGCUGAAGCGCAAUCGAAGGGCACGUCACGUGCAGCAGGAGCUGGUCCUUCUGGCCCGACUGAUGGCCGAUCGAAGCAAGGUGGAGGUGUCCGAUAUCGAGGAUCCGCGCUACGAGCCGGAUGAGCGCCCGGAAACAAUUAUCCACACGGAGGAUACGGAAGUCCCGGCCGCACCGUACAUAAGUCCGAGCGCUGAGCAUCUCCUGGAGCUGGAACGUCAAGAACGCGAGCGGCGACAACGGGAACUGCUGGCAGACGACUUCAAGGAUCGGGCUCUGGUGGUCAUGAUGGACGGAGUGCUGGAACAUCGCUGGGAGGAUGAGAUAAAGAAAAGCCUUCCGCUGCCACAGUGCCUCGAAAUUGGCAAAGAGCCACAGCACUACAACGAAACGGAUAUCCGGGAGGUGAAGGAGUACGAAGAGCAGAGUGAAUUACUUUAUCAGGAGCGCCUCCGCUAUCGUCGGAUGCUGCAGGACGAGGGCCGAGAGUUGGCAGCCAGCCUGGAUGAUCAAAUCAAGCGUUUCAACACGUCGGUGGCCAAGUUGAUGCUCGAGAAGAUCAUUGUCGAGGCGGCCAUCAGACAGGAGGAGAUGCGCAUACUGCGCGCCACGCUCUACAACCACUCUCGGCUCGUCUACGAAGCCAACGGCGAACGGUUGCGGGAGCAGAUAGACCAAACGGCCAAGUACGUCGAUCUGAUCACCGACAUGACGAACGAGUUCCAGGAGAAGGCUGCCGACUAUAAGAACACCUACGAGACACUGCGCACCAAGGACCGGUUGUUGGACAAACAGUUCAAAAUCAACUUUUCCGACACGGCCCAGUCGGCGCUGGUCGACCAAGCGUACAAAAUCUUCAAACGCAGACCUAAAACCCAGCUGCGAUCGAUCGUCACGGUGUCCAUUUUCCAGGACAUGGCCAAAAGGAUCGUGGCCAAGAAAACGGCCGGAGCACACGGGAAUCUGCUGCUACCGAAAGAGUGUACCGAUUACCUGGGCCACUGUGAGACGCUUGAUCAACCGUCCAACUGUCCGGCCGGGAUGGACAGCAGCCUGUGGCAAACGCUGAUCAAAAUGCGGCGCAUUAAAAUCGAGAGCGAGUUUCGGCUAAAGAGCUGCGAGUUGAUGCUGUCGGAUACGGAGGCAGCUAUCGGGGCCUUCCAACGGGAGAUAACCAACAAACGCAACAUCCUAACGGCUUUCGAGCAAGCUUUGGAACAGUUGCAAAACGAAAGGUUUGAAGAUGCCACCAAUCGCUCCGUUCAGCUGGUCAUGAAACGGGGCUGGAUCGAAAUUGAGCAGUCCGGCCGGGCGAUCGAUUUCGCCAAAUGCGUCCUGGUCCACCGGACGGACGUGGAGGACAUCAAUGUCAUCAUUAAGCGAGCCGGUGCCAAGAAGCUGAACGCCAUGAUGAACGCAGCUCUGUUCCGCCGUAAGAUCAUCUACCAGGAGUGGGAGCAUCGGGCGCUGAAGCUACAGUUGCGCGACCUGCGCGAUCAGCUGGCGACGGUCGAGAAGUGCAAGAUCACCAAAGAGGUCCAGAGCUGGCUGAAGAUGAAGGGCAUGAAGCGUACCGAAGACCUCAGCCAGGUGGCGCUGGAGAAGAAGAUACGGAGCGCGGUGCAGAACGAGGAGGAACUGCUGCAGGAACUGCAAAUCUCCCUGGAAGACAUCGAGCAACGGAUUGCGGCGAAGCGGAAGGAAAACAAGCACCUCGACCAGCAAACGCGCGCCCUGAAUGUGGACGUCACCGAGCAGCACCUGCAACGGGACACGGAGCUGGAGCAAACGGAGCAGAAGGCAACCCAGGACCGGAUGGCGGCCAUCGUCGAGCGGGCCCGGCUGGUACGCCUCGUGCAGGCUCAGCACACCCACAUCCUGGAGCUCGGCACGAUGCUGGAGCUACAGCGCCUUAAAACGUACCCCACGCUGACGGCUUCCACGAGUGUCAUGGCGCACAAUGCGCACCACUUGCUGAGUAACUGA